AUGAUAGGCUUCGCCAUAGUCCUGCUGGCUUUGUGGCCGGCCGUCGCCUCGGCCUCCAGCAACGUCAAACACCUUGACUAUGCCUCAUACAGUGGGUAUACCCAGGACAAUGGCGUCGCCUUUUGGAAGGGCAUACGCUUUGCCGCGCCGCCGACUGGGAAGCUGCGGUUUGCUGGGCCUCAGAAUCCAGAGAUAGAGUUUGAGACGCAGAGCGCGCUGUCUCAUGGCAACCUCUGCAUCUCCACCAACAAAUACCCCAUCCCCGGAAACCAGUCGGAAGACUGUCUGUUUCUUGAUGUGUACUCCCCAGCCAAUGCCUCUGAUGUGCCAGUGUUUUUCUGGAUCCAGGGCGGCGGCUUCAACGCAGACUCCAACCCAGACUACGACGGCACUGGAUUAAUCCAGGCCUCUGGGCAAAACAUUGCAGUAGUCACCUUCAACUACCGCGUUGGGCCCUAUGGGUUUCUGGCCUCGGAGGAGGUCGAAAGGGCAGGCUCGCUGAACAACGGGCUCAAGGAUAUUAUCAAAGCGCUGGAGUGGGUGCAAAAGUACAUCCACAUUUUCGGCGGCGAUCCCGACCACGUCACGCUGGGUGGCGACAGUGCCGGCGCCGGGGCCAUCACGCUGCUGCUCAGCGCCUUCAACUCCGGCGACAGAGUGAGCAACCUGUUCCACGCCGCUGUCGCCGAGUCGCAGUCGUUUGGCGCGCAGGCGACAGUGUCUGAGAGCCAGUUUGCGUACGACAACCUGACCGAACGCACGGGCUGUUCCAAUGCGAUAAACACGUUUCACUGUCUGCGCGACCUGUCGCUCGAUGUGUUGCAGCAGGAAAACUACAAUAUCCCGUUUCCUGGCGCGUCCAUUGCGCCGUUGUACAUGUACAGUCCGACCAUUGAUAAUGAGUUGAUCCCGGACUAUACGUACAAGCUCUUUUCACAGGACAAGUUUUUGAAAGUCCCGGUGAUUUUCGGCGACGAUACAAAUGAGGGGACCAUCUUCGCGCCGUAUAAUACGUCGACUGUCGACGAGGCCGAUGCCUUUUUGCAGGCGAAUUUCCCCACCAUAAAAAACAAACAGCUCGUUGAAAUCAACUCCAUGUACAUGUCGGAACCAGACAACCCGGUCUAUCCAAACGCAGGCGAGUACUGGCAAGGGCUCGCCAACGCAUACGGCGAAAUGCGAUACAUCUGCCCCGGAAUGUAUCUUUCCUCGGCCUACAACAACGACAAACAAACCGCAAAGGCCAACUGGAACUAUCACUAUGCGGUGACCGAUGAUGGCGCAGAGAACAGCGGCUAUGGUACACAACACACCAUCGAAGUCAACGCAAUCUGGGGUCCGGAGUAUGUGAGCUCGCCGGCCCCGGCCUCGUACUCGACAAACAACAGCGCGAUAAUUCCGGUUAUGCAGGGGUACUGGACGAGUUUUAUUCGCUCGUAUAAUCCGAAUACGCACAGGGCAAGGGGGUCCCCGGAGUGGAAUACCUGGGGGGAUGAGAGCAAUCGUAUAUAUAUACGCACGGGGGAGACGAAGAUGGAGACGGUGCCGGAUGCGCAGAGCAAGCGGUGUAAAUAUUUGCAGUCGAUCGCGGUGACGUUGGAUCAGUAG